AUGUCUUUAUCUGAUUCUGAUUCAUCGAGUGAUGAUGAUUUUGUUAUUGAGGUGCUUCGUGUGUUACCGAGACCACGUUUUUUUCGUGAUAGAUCCAAUCCAUUUACAGAAUAUGAUGAUAUAGAUUUUAAGCAGCGAUUUAGGUUGUCUAAAACAAUGUUGAUUGAAUUACUGGACAUGGUUCAAGAUCAUUUAUGUCAAAAUACACUACGCAAUAUGUCAUUGUCACCAAUAUUGCAGCUUCUGAUUACACUUAGAUAUUAUGCAACUGGUGCUUUUCAGCGUCACUUAAACCAAAUGCCAAAAACAGAAGCUGACAGAAAAUUAGUGUAUGAAAAUUUCUAUAAAAUGCGCCAAUUUCCUAAAGUUAUUGGAGCAAUAGAUUGUACACAUAUCAGAAUCCAAUCUCCCAAUAAAAAUAUUGGAGAAAGAUUCCGCAACAGGAAAGGCUACUUUUCUAUUAAUGUCCAAGCCGUACGCAACAGUAAUUUGCAGUUCACAAAUAUUGUGGCUCGAUGGCCAGGUUCAGUCCAUGACUCAACAAUAUUUGAUAAUUCUUUAUUAAGAGCUCAAUUGGAGAAUAAUGAAUUUGGAGAUGCUGUACUUGUGGGAGAUGGAGGUUAUGCAUGUCGUAAUUAUAUGAUGACACCUCUUUCCAACCCUACUACUGAAGCAGAAGUACAAUAUCAAAAAGCACAAAUCGGCACAAGAAAUGUCAUUGAAAGAACAUUUGGUGUUUGGAAAAGGCGGUUUCCUGUGCUAUCUGUUGGAAUUCGAACUCAAAUCCCAACUACUCUUGUAACUAUUAUAGCUACAGCAGUAUUGCAUAAUAUGCUUAUCAAAUCAAAUGAUCCUCUACCUGUAGACGAAACUCUCUUAAUUGAUGAUUUGCGUCAACAAGUUCCUGUCUUUCUUGUUCCUCAAACUGGGAACAUUAAACGCAGAACAUUAAUUGACACUGUAUUUUCAUGA